AUGCCGGUCCGCAGGGGCCACGUAGCGCCCCAAAACACUUACCUGGACACCAUCAUCCGCAAGUUCGAGGGACAGAGUCGUAAGUUCCUGAUCGCCAAUGCUCAGAUGGAGAACUGCGCCAUCAUUUACUGCAACGACGGCUUCUGUGAACUCUUCGGCUACUCCCGAGUGGAGGUGAUGCAGAGACCAUGCACCUGCGAUUUCCUCACAGGCCCCAACACCCCAAGCAGUGCCGUGUCCCGCCUAGCUCAAGCCCUGCUGGGGGCUGAGGAGUGCAAGGUGGACAUCCUCUACUACCGCAAGGAUGCCUCCAGCUUCCGCUGCCUGGUGGAUGUGGUGCCAGUGAAGAAUGAGGAUGGAGCUGUCAUCAUGUUCAUCCUCAAUUUUGAGGACCUGGCCCAGCUCCUGGCCAAAAACAGCAACCGCAGCCUGACCCAGCGCCUGCUGUCCCACAGCUUCCUGAGCUCUGAGGGAUCCCAUGGCAGGACGGGUGGACAAGGGCCUGGCUCCAGCAGGGGCAAGUAUAGGACCGUCAGCCAGAUCCCACAGUUCACGCUCAACUUUGUGGAGUUCAACCUGGAGAAGCAUCGCUCCGGCUCCACCACCGAGAUUGAGAUCAUCGCGCCCCAUAAGGUGGUAGAACGGACGCAGAACGUCACUGAGAAGGUCACUCAGGUCCUGUCUCUGGGUGCAGACGUGCUACCGGAGUAUAAGCUGCAGGCGCCACGCGUCCACCGCGGGACCAUCCUGCACUACAGCCCCUUCAAGGCCGUGUGGGACUGGCUCAUCCUGCUGCUGGUCAUCUACACCGCUGUCUUCACACCCUACUCAGCCGCCUUCCUGCUCAGCGACCAAGAUGAGUCCCAGCGGGGAGCCUGCGGCUACACCUGCAGUCCACUCACCGUGGUGGACCUCAUUGUGGACAUCAUGUUCGUCGUGGACAUCGUCAUCAACUUCCGCACCACCUAUGUCAACACCAAUGACGAGGUGGUCAGCCACCCCCGACGCAUUGCCGUCCACUACUUCAAGGGCUGGUUCCUCAUUGACAUGGUGGCUGCCAUCCCUUUUGACCUGCUCAUUUUCCGCACGGGCUCUGAUGAGACCACGACCCUGAUUGGGCUACUGAAGACAGCGCGGCUGCUGCGGCUGGUUCGAGUGGCCCGGAAGCUGGAUCGCUACUCUGAGUACGGGGCGGCAGUGCUCUUCCUGCUCAUGUGCACCUUUGCGCUCAUCGCGCACUGGCUGGCCUGUAUCUGGUACGCCAUCGGCAACGUGGAGCGACCCUACCUGGAGCCCAAGAUCGGCUGGCUGGACAGCCUGGGUGCUCAGCUUGGCAAGCACUAUAAUGGCAGCGACCCGGCCUCGGGCCCCUCAGUGCAGGACAAGUAUGUCACGGCCCUCUACUUCACCUUCAGCAGCCUCACCAGUGUGGGCUUCGGCAACGUCUCACCCAACACCAACUCUGAGAAGGUCUUCUCCAUCUGCGUCAUGCUCAUCGGCUCUCUCAUGUAUGCCAGCAUCUUUGGCAACGUGUCGGCCAUCAUCCAGCGCCUGUACUCGGGCACCGCGCGCUACCACACGCAGAUGUUGCGCGUCAAGGAAUUCAUCCGCUUCCACCAGAUCCCUAACCCUCUGCGGCAGCGCCUGGAAGAGUACUUCCAGCACGCCUGGUCCUACACCAACGGCAUCGACAUGAACGCGGUACUGAAAGGCUUCCCCGAGUGCCUGCAGGCGGACAUCUGCCUGCACCUGCACCGCGCGCUGCUGCAGCACUGCCCCGCCUUCCGCGGCGCCAGCAAAGGCUGCCUGCGCGCCCUCGCUGUCAAGUUCAAGACCACGCAUGCGCCUCCUGGGGACACUCUUGUGCACCUCGGCGACGUGCUUUCUACGCUCUACUUCAUCUCCCGCGGCUCCAUAGAGAUCCUGCGUGACGACAUGGUGGUGGCCAUUCUAGGGAAGAAUGACAUCUUUGGGGAGCCUGUUAGCCUCCACGCCCGACCGGGCAAGUCCAGUGCGGAUGUGCGGGCCCUGACCUACUGCGACUUACAUAAGAUCCAGCGGGCAGACCUGCUGGAGGUGCUCGACAUGUACCCUACCUUUGCGGACAGCUUCUGGAGCAAGCUGGAGGUCACCUUCAACCUGCGGGACGCAGAUGGAGGUUUCCAGUCAUCACCCCAACAGGCCCCAGGCAGACAAGACCACCAAGGCUUUUUCCUCGAUGACAAGCAGCCAGGUGAGCACAGCCAGCUGGAGCCCCACCUACCCCAGAUUCCUUCCCAGGGCUACAGUCCCCUGAGUCCUGGAAACCAGACCUCCACAGGGGCAGGACCUCAUGCCCCAGGGCACCCAGAUGCAGCCCCUGCCCUGAGCAUUUCAGAUGCACCUGGCCUCUGGCCUGAGUUGCUGCAGCAGAUUCCCCCAAGGAAGAGUCCUCCAAGUCUGCAGCGGAGACCAGACUGCUGGCCUCAGGAGCUAGGCUCUAGGUUGGAGCAGCUGCAGGCUCAGAUGAACAGGCUGGAAUCCCGCUUGUCCUCAGACCUCAACCACAUCCUUCAGCUGCUUCAGCAGUCCAUGCCCCAGAGUCACAGCAGCUUCAUCCUGGAAGCCCCUGCCUCCAAUGACCUGGCCUUGUUUCCUGCAGCCUCAGUGACUCAGAGUCCAGGUGCCGGGCUGCCCCAGUGCCAUCUGCCUCCUGCACAGGUGAGAGGCUAUGGUGACUUAGACAAAUGCACACAGGAGCACAGGAAUUCCUCCUCCAGGAUGCCUCACCUGGCCAUGGAAAUGGACAAAACUCUGAUGCCAACCUCAGGGCAGGAGCAGCCUGAGGGGCUCCUGUCACCCCUGGCCUCUCUGUGUCCCCUGGAGGUACAGGGACUCAUCUGUAGUUCUCGUUUCCCCUCCCUUCCUGAACACCUUGACUCCAUCCCCAAGCAGCUGGAGUUUCAGAGAUAUGGCUCAGAUCCUGGAUUCACAAGAAGUUAGGGCCACUGAACCCCAAGAUAAGAAACCACAUGGGGAUGAAAGGUAGGUGAGGUGAGAAUUAAGGACCUCGAGAGAGGCAGACAGAUCCCAAGAUGGGCCUCUGAAAACCAUUCUCUUAAUUUUGAACUACUGACCCAGAUGAGCCUAGGUGACCCAGAGGCUUUGCCCAGGCCUCCUCUGGGACACUGUGCAGACAAGUUCCCCUGGUGGAAGGUGGGGGGACUUAGGUGUGGAUGUAACUUAUGGGAUUGAAGGAUCAGUGAAGAACGAAGUUUCUGAUUCUCCUUGAAAGUUUUGCUCUGGGCUAGGUGAUCACCUCCCAGCUCAGAGUCAUUCAUCACUCCAAGGCUCAGCAGUAAGGCCUGGGGUUGAUCAGACCUCCUCCUGAGGGCCUCUAACUGGA